AUGCAAGGUCCUACCCAGGGUCAGUCUGUAGGGGAAUCUAGCACUCCAAGAGUUCAGGUUGGGGUAGGAAACGAGCGGUUUACGAGAACUACACAGGAGAUAGGAAGGCCAGAGAGAGCAGAGCCUAGUGAUCUGGAAAAGGCAUAUGGAAUUGAACGACUAAAGAAGUUAGGGGCUAUAGUGUUUGAGGGUUCUAUAGAUCCAGCUGAUGCGGAGGAGUGGUGUAAUAUGCUUGAAAAAUGUUUUAACGUGAUGAAUUAUCCUGAGGAAUGGAAAGUUAGAUUGGCCACAUCUUUGUUGCUGAACGAGGCUGAAGGAUGGUGGAAAUCCAUAUUAGCUAGGUGCAGUGAUGCAUGUACUUUAAACUGGCAGACUUUUAGAGGCACAGUCAAAGAUAAGUAUUAUCCCAACACAUACUGUGAGGCCAAGAGGGAUGAGUUUCUGGGGUUGAAACAAGGAUCACUUUCAGUGGCUGAGUACGAGAGAAAGUAUACCGAGCUUUCACGGUAUGCUGAUGUUAUUGUGGCAUCUGAGAGUGACAGAUGCUGA